CAGAUUUUUCACUGUUUACAUUGAGGCAUGUUCUGAUCCUGCAGAUUUUGUUUUGUUUACCGGACUAUUUUAUUUAUUUUUCACAUCUAUUUCCUUGUUUUUUUCAAAGGUGCAACAAUGUCUGAUGAUGAUUACAUGCCACCCCCGAUUGCCCCGAAGGUAGAGCCAAAGCCCAAAAGCAAGAUUUCAGCCUCCCGCAGGCUAUCGUUGAAGAUCCUGUUACUGACUCGUGCAUCAGAACAACUGGAGGCAGAGAAAGAAGUGAGAGAGGAAAAUAAGGUCCAGUACCUGGGAGAGAAUCUCCCACCGCUCCAGCUCUCCGGUUUGGAAUUGGAGGAAAUUCAGAAAAUCUGUAAGCAGCUUCAUGAAAAGAUUGAUAAGGUGGACGAGGAUCGGUACGACUGUGAGGCCAAAGUCAUCAAGAACAACAGAGAUAUCCACGAAUUGAAUCUAAAGGUGCGUGACCUUGGAGGGAAGUUCAAGAAGCCAGCUCUGAGAAAAGUGAGAGUGUCUGCUGACGAGAUGCUAAAGGCUCUCUUCGGAUCCAAAAACAAGGGCUCCAUGGACCUGAGGGCAAACCUCAAGUCUGUAAAGAAAGAGGACAACAAACAGGAGAAGGAGCUGAACAACGAGGUGGGUGACUGGCGUAAAAACGUGGAGGCCAUGUCUGAUAUGAAGGGCAGGAAGAAGAUGUUUGAUGCAUGAGAAAAAGAAAACGGAGUGAAAUUGUUACAAUAAAUAAAUAUUUAUACAUAAUGUUAAAAAAAAUUGCUGCUGCUGUUUGUUCAAAAGUAUGACUUUCAUGUGCCUGUAGUUUUUAAUAUAUUCUCGAGUAAACCAUAUGUUAAAUAGAGUUGUGAAUACACAGUACUGCCUGAUAAAGUUGUUAUGUAAAAGAAAACAAUAAAUAUGUACAUAUUGUCUCUC